CCCGACACAAUGGUUGCUAUUGUGGCUGCUUGUUUCAUAUUCGCCUUCACUGGAACUGCCUACGCUGCAACUCCCACCAACUGCACAAUCUCUGGCUGUGGUUUCGGAGGCAAGUGUAUCGAUAAUGUUGCUGGCACUGCGUCCACGUGCGUCUGCUACCAAGGAUUUGAAAUCAGUUUACAGACUUUCGAGUGUAUAGACAUCAAUGAAUGUAAUUACACGAGUGCUGCCCUGUGUCGCAAUGGCUACUGUUACAACAUGUACGGUGACUACAAAUGUAACUGUUAUCCAGGAUUCAUACCCCAUUUCCCUGACGGAAAGACAUGUGUUCGAAGACGAAUCCCCAUCCCCAUCCCAAACAACAACAACAACAACAACAACAUCUUCAAUAGCAUCCCAACCUGGUUAUGGCCUUUUCUCUUGAGGGGAGAAAUGUAAGAUGAAGAUCCCUCCCAACACUGCUGCAGUUAAUUAAUCAUGUUGAAGUAUACGGGCCAUACCAACAAAAAGAAGCACGUCUAUCAA